GAAAAACUGAAUAUCUAUUAAACUUAAGAUAAAAUUUUAAACUUCUUUCAUAUAUAUUUUGUCGUAAUUAUGACAAUAAAUUAAAAGCUCGAUUAAGACAUAUUAUUAAUGGAUUGUAGAAAAUGCUUUUGAUUGUUGAAGGUAAAUAUUGGCGGAUCAAAGAUAAAUAAAUAUGCAGUAUGUUUACUUGUAGGAAAUUGCUCUUAAACGAAUUUUUAUUACCGACAUUUUUUUGCAAUAAGAAGUUGCCAAAAAAACUACGAUCACCAUAAAAGAAUCGCUUAAUAGAUUUUAUAACAAGAAAAAUUACAAAUCUCUAUUCUGUCGAGCAUAAUAUAUAAUAUUUUGUGCCAUUUUUCGCUCUCUGCUGGUUUCAAGUUAUGCCGAUUGGUAUUCGACAGGGUCAUGUGACCACUUGUGCUUGUUUGCUUGCCAAAAGACUGCAAAAGCCUGAGCAUAAUGUCAAAUUUUUUUUUCUUUCGAUUUUUUCCUUCACCGUAUCGUUUUUCAGCUAUAUAGGUAUUAGUCGGAAUUAGGUUAUAACAUUAAGCAGUCUCCUUACCGGAAGCGAGAUAUGCAUGUCACUGAAGAAGGAAACCAACUGUAAUCGGCUACAAAUGUAAUCAAAAAUUUCUAACGAAGUCAAAAUUUGCACUAUAGGGUAAGAAUAAUAAAGACAACUAUUUAGUCUCGGAUCUUCAAAAUAUCAAGUGAAAAAUUUAAACAAUUGUAUUUCUGCUAAAGCUUCUAAUGCAUGAUAUCAAAGAAAAUGAUUUGAUGGCAUCGUAAUGAAGCAAAGACGGUCUAAAAACGAUAUUCGUCGGAAAGCUGAAAUAUUUUGUCGGACUACCUCGGCCCACGGCUUAGCUCAAUUUAUUCGGGAAUCUUCGUGUCCCAAAAGAAUUUUUUGGAUGGUUAUCUUUAUCGUAGCGGUAAUAGGCAAUAUGACCCAUUCCCUUUUGCUAUUUGUACAAUAUUUUAAAUAUGAGGCAACGGAAUCAAGCACAAUAGUUAAUGAGAAUGCCGAGUUUCCGCAUAUAACUAUAUGUAACAUUGAUCCUAUGUCUUCGACGAAUAUCAUUGAACUAUUAAGCAAUAAAAGUUCACGAACAUACAAAUAUGACGUUUUCCAAAGGGAACAGUUUGAUACUUUGGCUAAAACUUAUAAUAAAUCUCAUCUAACUGCUCGUGUACAAAGUUGGCAUGCAUUCUACGAAAAUAUUGGUGAAGAAGAAAUCAGGCGAGCAGGUCACUCUCUUCCUGACUUCGUUGUUCAUUGCCAAUUUGGAGCUAGCAGAAAAGAAUGUAACUUAAAGGAAGAUUUUGUCGCGUUUACAAACCCCUCCUAUUUUAAUUGUUAUAUAUAUCGACCGAAGCAACCAUUGCGUGUCACAAGAUCGGGAGCACAAUAUGGCCUAUCAUUGAUCCUUUUUCUCGAAGCAACGAAUGGAAGUGUGCAUCCCGAAGUUUACAAUGCGUUCAGCACUAUUGGUAAUUCAGCCGGUGCAAGAGUUUCGAUACAUGCACCAUCUGAAGUAGCCGAUCCAACAGGUGAUGGUUUCGAUGUGCUACCUGGGCAUUCUACUACGAUAAGUCUUGAGCAAGAAUUUAUCACUCGUUUAUCAAAUCCCCAUGGUAACUGUACUGAAGAAAUAAAAACUACAAUGUUUGGCUAUCAAGUUCCGUUUACAAUGUGCCUAGACUAUUGUAUUCAAAUGAUAUAUGUUAAGAAGUGCGGUUGCAAAACUCCUUUUCUGCCGAUCACUAAUACCGAGAAGGAAAUUCCGUUUUGUGGACAAUAUGAUCCAAACGAGUCAACUGAAAAUUAUUUUCAUCGGCUUGAAUGUGAAACAGAGGUAUCUAAGAGGAUUGAUGCAUUUUUCGAUAGGUCCAGAUGCUCAUGCGCUCCCUCUUGUGAAAGUGUAGAAUACUUUCCAAUAAUUAGUCAAAGCAAAUGGCCUUUGGCUAAAACAGAGGCCUCUUUUUACGAAAAAUACGUAAAAGAACGUCGCGACAAAAGUCAAAUAAAAUCUUUCACUACCUUAAGGAGUAUCGAUUUUAAAAAUCGUUUGUUACGUAGUAACGUGAUUAGAAGUAACUUCCUUAGAUUAAAUAUUAAUUAUAGAAAACUGACUGCUCGAAAGAGAGCUCAAGUCCCAUCUUACGCAUUGGCAAACUUAUGGUCAGAUGUUGGCGGAACAUUUGGAUUAUGGGCUGGUGUUAGUGUGAUAACAAUAACAGAGGUCACAGUUCUCACAUUGGGAGUGUGUUCUAGCUUAUGCUCGAGAAGGAGAAAGCAAAUCAGGGAAAAAGACCAUGCUAGGCAAAUUAAUUCAUUAAAUGGCUAUAUACCAGUCUAUAAAACGCAAACGGAAAUAUAUGAUAUAUCAAUAUAAAGCUUAAAAGCACUUUAAAAUAAAAGAGAAAAUUUUUUUAAAAUACAGCAGUAUUUUCAUUAAAUGUAACUGACUUCUUUUCUAUCUUAUUUCUUGCCGAGUAUGGUGAACUUGAAAAACCUGCUGAGGAAUGAGAGCUUGCACUGGGUGUAGGCAGAGAACUCAUUUUUGACAAAUUCCAAGAGUUUCCUUCAAAAAAACUAAUGUUUCCCGGAUCUGUGUACAAAAAAGUGUAAAGUUAAUAUUCUUAUUCUUCUGAAUAAAGUUACGGACCCGGAGGAGUUGUCCAUUUACUUGUGGUUGAAGUCGGAGAAUCUAAAUGUGCCAUUUCGUCCUCAGAACUUUUCUCUUCUUCAUUUUUUUUUGUUUUGCACCUUUCCUUAUGUUUUAACAAUGACGUAGAUCGAGUAAAAGUUAGAAAGCAAUUUUCACAUUCAAAAGUAAUUCCGUAUCUUCUACCUCCGGAUCCUCCCAACGGUCGUCGACUUGUUUUACGUACUCCAGCUCUAAUGGUAGAACUUAGAUUUUUUACCGGAAAAGGUGAUAAAUCUUUGUCCUCUUGAUCAUGCUUUUCGUCUACGUUUUGCUCAUCAAAUUCAACUUCGUCAGACGAGAUUGCGUUAUCAUUAAUUGUAUAUCCAUCACAAACCUCUUUUUCUGGAUGACUUUGCAAACCCUUUGAAACCAAAGCAUAUUUUGUUUUUUGGUAUGACAUACUUCUUGGUUGACAAUACAAACCAUCUUCAUAGGGAUUCAUAGAUACAUACGCGUAGUUGUCGAGUGUAUUUUCAACAUUUCGAGGACAAGUUUGUGUUUUUCCUUCAUUAUAAAUUACUCUAUCCGCUAAAUGGAUCACAUUCGUUUUCUGGUCUGUCGAAAUAAAUAUCGCACCAUGUAUAUUAAGUUGGGUACUACAUUUCGUCUUCUUGAUUAUAACAUCUAUAAUUUCUUUGCGGAUUUCUCCUGAAUCACUUAUAAUUUCCAUAUUGAGGACUAAUAGACAAACACUGUUAGUUAAUGUUAAAUUGAAAACAAAAGCUUAAGCUGUUGAAGAAUAUGUUUGUGAGGAAAG